AUGGGAAAUCAUAAGAGCAAAGAGAAAAAGACUCUAGCCAAGGAGACAAAGAUUCUGAUGAAACUUGAGAGAAAGAGCUUAGGAGAAGUAGAAAGGACAUGGAAUUUCACAUCAAAGGAACCUUAUUUUGAUAGAAUAGGAUGCCAAAGGAUUAUGACUGCAGUUGUUCCAAAAGCUAUAUUAAGAAGCAUAAAAUUAGCGAAAUAUGAAUGGAAUUCGCAGCUCUAGCUUGCAACAAUCAUUCAAUCACAGUAAAAGUAAAGAACCACGAUAAAAAUUUUCAUAUCUCCUUCCAUUGAUUGCUUUCUGGAAAGAUUAGGCAUGAUCGAUACUCUCCUUUUCAGAAGCCUCAAUUAAAUAAGCUAUUGAGGUACACAUGCAGCAUUAACUUUAAAAAUUUGAAGAUCGAUCAGUACAACCUAUGUAGAAUACUCUCUAAUAGCAAUGAAUUGGAAGUUAUUGAGUUUGAUACUUGAAAAUUACAGGAAUUUAUAAUAGUUCCUAAUUUCGCUCCAAAUUCAAAAAAGUUUAAAAUUGUACUAACCAAUAGUACUGAUCUUAGGUCAUCGCCUAUAUCAACUCAAGGAGGAUUUAUAUUUUCUCUUCUUAAUUUGUUUCAAAAUACUACUUUAAAUGGAAGAGUAUACGAACUGACAGUGACCCCUUGAGAUAACGACUCCCAUUUGAAACAAACAGCCCUAUAUUUCCCUCUAUUGACUUUGGAUAUUUAUUACAGAGGUAAUAGAUAUGAUGGCUGGAAACACAUAUGUAUGGAAGAAAAUUAAAAUGACGUUCAAUA